UCAAUGUGCUUUGCUUGACAGUAUGUUUACAGUGGGUGGCUGUAGAUCGGUGUAGGAGGUUGAACAGUGUCCUGCUCGACAUGGCGUUAAUAUUCAGCAUUGGCAGCAUCUGGAAUAUCGUCCUGGGCCUACUCGUAGCAUUUGUAUGUGCGGAGCCUUCGAUUCCAUUUGACUUCAAGCAUGUAGAGAUCCUGACGCCUGAAUCACAUACGUCACUUCAACAUAAGCCAUUCGUCAGUGUGAUUUACUACUACAAGCGUGAACUGCCACGGUUACGCGCCUUCUUCAAGGAGCUGGACAAGUCAGCCGAGUACCUGGACAUCUAUGGCACCAAGACUGGCAUUCUGGACUGUAGCGGCGAUGCUGCCAGCACGGUGGAGGAGUGUAAGACAGCCAGAGUCGAGUACAACGUCUACAGCUACAGAGAUGGCAACAGUCUGCUCACACUGGAGCUGGAGACCAUGUUUGAUGUCAACUCCAUCAUGUCCAACAUACUCCAGCUUAUCUUGCUGCACGAGGUACCCAUCGUCCAGAGUCGGUCUGACCGGCAACAGAUUGAGCUGAAACAAAGGGGCAAAUCUGAUGUCAUCUUCUCCUUCCACAAAGCCAUUGGCACCUAUGAACACCGGGUGUUCAUGGAAGUGGCUUAUGCUUACCAGGAUCGCUACAAGUUCGGGCUCACGACAGAAACAAAGACCGCAGAAGGGCUCAAGGAGGCUGAAACUGUGACCAUCUCCGAUGAUGCAGCGGUGUGGGUGCUGUACUGUCGUGAUGCUGAUGAGGACAGCGAAGGGUGCCCCAGUGUCCGGUACCGGGGCAAGAUGGACCUUCCCUCCCUUGCUGUCUUCCUCAAGGCCCUUAGCCUGCCCAGAAUAUUUGAGCUCCCGGAGCACGGCACCAUUCCGAGCUGCCGCAACGAGAAAUUCCACUGUGUGUUCCUCUACUACGACAGAGACACCAAGGAGCAGGUGUUUGAAGCUGCGGAGACCCUCAAGUUUGAGAUCUAUGGAGUAGCGGGCAUAGUCGUUGUUGAUACGGAAAAGAUUGUCUUUGAGGAUGCGCAUGGUUUUAAUGGCAAGACACCAGCCAUAAGUGUCUUCCUGAAAGAAGAGGAGGCUCCACGCUUCAUGACAACCGAGUGGUCACUCGACAACAUCGCAAGCUUCAUCCAGAGCAACCUGUUUGACCAGGAGCCCAUGGACGUGGAGGGGGGCAGCCAGGAGGGGACACCUGGCUCAAGUGAUAUGAACGAAAAGGACAUGGAGAAAACUGGAUACAACUUCCCGUCUGUGGAGGAAGUGGAGACACAGGAUGACCAGGUGGCGGAGGCUGUGUUCCAGCUCAGCCGCGACCCCAUGAAGCUCAGCCUCAUUCCUGCUCUCACAGAUAAGACUUUCCCAGCAACUGUCCAGGAGAGGGACCUGUUGGCUGUGCUCUUCUACCUGCCCUUUGACUCGAGGAGCAUGGCCUUCCUUCGUGCGUAUGGUGAGGCUUCCUUCAGCCUGGAGGACAAGCAUGCCAGUCGCAGUCCGCUGGGGAGAGUCAACUGCUACGACUGGAUGGAUGUGUGUGGUCAACAGAAUGUGUCUAGCUACCCGACAGUGCGCUUCUUCAAGAAAGGACAAGACCCAACCGACUACAAGGGAGCUCUAGACACAGAUGCAGUCGUGUCUGUGGUCAAGCUGAUGCAGCAGGAGUCGCCGAUGAUGCUGACAACGCAGACGGAGGUGCAGAAGUUUGUUGCGGGGACGCUGCCUGAGAACAUCAUUGCCUACACAAACAUGUCAGUACUUGGCCUCUUUGUACAGACAGGACCAGAGGUGUCUGCCUUCAAGGAGGUAGCUGGGAGCCUGCAGAACACAACAGUGUUUGCCCAUGUGCAGGGGCAGCUAGCCAAGGACAUUGCAGAGAAGCUGGGCCAGCCUGUUCCAUGUGUGCUGGUGUUCCGUCAUGAUGAUCCCUACUCCGACACCAAGUCCCUCACCACAGACCUGACUGCUGACAGGAUCAAGACACUGGUGUCAAACAGCAGGCUUCCGACAUUGCCCGAGCUGACGGCGGAUGUCUUCCCACUGAUGUACAGCCAGGACAAGCCACUCCUCAUCCUGUUCUGUGACAAGUAUGAAGAAGCUGAGACAACUCUCAUCAAGAAGACUGUCGCUGACUUGGCCCUGUCCGGGCUCUUCCCAGGAGUUGUCUUUGCCUGGAUGCACGCACGAGGCAGCAGUAUAGGAGCCACCAUUUUCUCCGAGUAUGCCUGGUCUUCCGUUCUGCCAGCCCUGUCCCUCGUCUACCACAGGACUGGAAAGGUUUACAACAAGGUGGAGGGGGAGUAUAGUCCUGAGUCUGUCCAGGAGUGGCUGAGUCGUGCUGUGAGUGGCCAGGAGGAACCAGCAAAGGUGCUGCCACAGGGAGAUUGGAAGCCUGCAGCUCGAAGCUACGACUUCCUGGGACUGUCUGAGUUUGAAUCUAAAUAUGGAGAAAGCCCUGAGCACAAACCAACUCUCCAAGCUGCGGAGGAGUUUGGAGCAGGUUUCAAUAGUGAUGGAACAGAGAUUGAAUAUGAAACCAGUGACUCCUCAGAGGACGAAGGUCAGAGCAGUAGCGGCAACGCUGAUGACGAGAUCCGCAAUGAGUUGCUUGAGCUACGCAGCUCUCGGUUGUACCACCAAGUUCCGGACAGAAAAGAGUCGCCCGUCACGUCCCAGGACGUCCCAGCAUCCUCAGCUGAAGAAUCUGCUGAUGAUCUUCAUAAAGAACACCCCAAACAUACAGAGUUAUAACAAAAUAUUUACCUAUACAGGAUCAAUUCAGCAUGUUCAAAUUUAUUUUGCUGGUCUCCUUUUCAUUGUUUGGAUGUUUCUUGUGAUAUUUCAAAAUGGUCAUCAAAACUGAUGGUGUGGCCUGGGUUAUAAAAAUGUUGUGUACAAUAUUUAACACUUUAAAAGAAUGACAUGACAAUUUCAUCUUCAUUAUGUUGGCAAGGAAUUUGCUGUUCGGUCAUUCUGCUGAAUGAGUCAGUGUGUUCGCAGAUAGACAAUUAUCCUUGUGACUUAUCUGCUGCGUCUCCUGGUGUACAUUGGGUAGGAAACAAUGAUAGAACAAUAAAAUAUUUUCCAUGUUCAUUUAACAGAGUACCAUCACAUCCAAUCAAAACUACUUUGAAAUCAGAAAAGAUCUGAUCAGUUGUGUGAACUCCAAACUGUCAUUCAUUUACAAGCAGUAAUAAGUUCUUGCUUCAUUUACAAGCAGUAACCAUGGUAAUAAGUGUUGCUUCAUUUAAAAGGAGUAACCAUGGUAAUAAGUGUUGCUUCAUUUACAAGCAGUAACCAUGGUAAUAAGUGCUAGAUUGUAUUUCAUUAGAUGUUUAGAUGGGAGUAAAGAAUUCAUCAAAUGCAUUACCUGACAAAUUGUUGAGUGAGGGGACCCAUAUUUGUGAGGAGGAGAGGGUUAUUUGUGUUGUGUGUGUGUCCAGGGCCACUGACCCAUGCCAUUGACCAUCUUCCCGAGGCAAGAGUGUUAACUGACUAUAAAAGUCCAGUUUCCACCCUUGCCGAACUAGGCUGGUAUUAUGGAG